AUGGCUCUGACGACAGAGGCAAAGCCGCUUCCAGUGCCUCAAUCUGGCCCGAUCAGCGAGAACUCUGCAUCGCGCUUGUCAUCUUCGAGCGAGGAUGGCUCGGUGCAGGACGAGGCGGAGAGAAUCUUUCGGGAUGUGCUGUUGAAAGAUGAACGCCUUCAGCUGCCUGCCAACAUCGGGCAGUUUGUCAAGGCUACGACUAUCGACCGAACCACGACACAGCAGCCAGUGCUGCCAGGCCCCAGUAAGAUGACCGAGACUUCAACGGCGCUGUGGGCUCUGGCAGCUACACUGGGAAACCUGAUAAGCCAUGAGCGAUAUGGCAUCGUGCAGCAAGUGUCAGUAGACUCAGAUGCGGCGACCCUGUUUCUUGUCUCUUCAGCGCUGGUCACGGUCGGCGGCAAGACGCUUCAAGAGCCUAGCAUUGCCCGCAGAUACAUACAGUAUGAUCGGGGCAACAGCCGCGAAACGUACCGCCGUCUGUCAACAAACAUUUACCCCACCAAAGAUGGCCGGUGGUUCCAUCUUCAUGGCUCUAUGGAUGCCACGCAGACUCUCACCAUGCUUGGUCUUCCACCUUCGAAGCCAGAGCUCGAUGAACAAGCCGCGAUAAAUCUGUUCUCCUCCGUGACGCGAGAGUGGGAGGCGGCCCGCCUGGACCGGACCGCCAAUGAGCAGUAUCGACAGGCGGGCAUCAUCUGCUACACGCCCGAGGAGUUCAGAGAAACAGAACAGGGCCGGGCCAUCGCAUCACAUUCGUUAUACGUUCUCAAAACCCUCCCGUCUCCCACGCCGACGCCGACGCCAGUUGCGUGGCCGGCCCCUAGUCCCAGCUCAACCAGACGUCCGCUGGAAGGCAUCAAGAUCCUGGAUCUGUCUCGCGUCAUUGCGGGCCCCACCAUAACAAAGCUUUGCGCCCUAUUUGGUGCCACGGUGGUUCGGAUAUCCUGUCUCUCCAACCCAGACAUGGGCCCGUUGCUGAUCGAUGGGAACCUGGGCAAGCGCGAUGUAGCGCUGGACCUGAAGAGCGAAGACGGCAAGUCAGUCCUCCGCAGACUCAUCAAGGACGCCGACGUCUUCGUUGACGGCUACAGGCCUGGUGCGAUGGAGCGCCUCGGCUUUGGCCCUGCAGCGGUCCAGGCCCUGGCCGAGAAAGACAUUGUCUAUGUGCGUGAAAAUUGCUAUGGCUGGGCGGGACCUCUUUCACAGCGCUCGGGCUGGCAGCAGAUCUCUGACUGUGUAACCGGGGUCUCUUAUCUCAUGGGCCGCUUCCUGAACCUGCCGGACAGCGAGCCGGUGGUGCCGUUGAUUCCCAACAGCGACUACCAGACCGGGCUCAUUGGCCUGAUUGGGAUCAUGACAGCUCUGGUGGCGAGGAACCAGCAGGGCGGCAGCCAUCGGCUCGACGUGUCACUCAACUAUUACAACCAGUUCCUGCUGGCCCAGGGCGAAUAUUCGACCGCGAUCCAAGAUCGCCUCCGCGCCCAGUACGCCGGCACUCCUGUCCUGGGUCUCCGGCACUACGAUGACAUGUACAGACUCGUCUCUAAGACCCUCUUGAGCGUGAAGCAAAAAUCCCCGCAGAUCUUCAAGAAGGAGUACUUCACCAGUUUGCCGGCCAGGCUGGGCGGGGAGCCGGGGGAAACAGUGACCUUUGUCGGGCCGCCAAUCGCAUACUCGGGCGAGACGCGACUCAAAUAUGAUGUUGGCAGUUGCUUCUUGGGGGCAGAUGAACCCGAAUGGCCGGUGACCGGCUAG